AUGGCAACCGACCACAGCAACGGUCCGCCUGUGGAUGUAACCCACGACGACGGCCCCAACGACCACACGAAUGAACACACUGGCCAUGCAGACGCCAGCCGGCAGAAUGGAUCAUCGCAAGCACCCAACCCGACAGCACCAGGCCCCAACGGCUCCUUACCGCCGCCAGCAGGAUAUGCAGACGAACCCACAAACGGCAGCGAAGUGAGCCGUCCGCGGCCGAGAAACGGACGAUCUGCUAGUGCCCAGUCGAGGGUUUGCAAAAAGUGUGGCCUGCAAUUGACGGGACAGUUUGUCCGAGCUCUAGAUGGAACAUUUCAUCUGGAUUGCUUCAAGUGCCGAGAUUGCGGCGAGAUCGUGGCAUCCAAGUUCUUCCCUGCGGAAGAUGAAAACGGAGGACAAUAUCCCCUCUGCGAGACUGAUUACUUUCGACGCCUCGGCCUCCUAUGCCACCAAUGUGGUGGGGCCCUUCGCGGGUCGUACAUAACCGCCCUCGACCACAAGUAUCACGUUGAUCAUUUUACUUGCUCACUCUGUGCAACCGUCUUUGGCGCCCAAGACAGCUACUACGAGCAUGAUGGACACGUCUACUGCCACUACCACUACUCAACCCAGUUUGCCCAGCGAUGCAAUGGCUGCCAGACGGCUAUCCUAAAGCAGUUUGUUGAGAUAUUCCGCAAUGGACAGAACCAGCACUGGCACCCCGAAUGUUACAUGAUACACAAAUUCUGGAACGUACGUCUAGCCCAGCCGACUGAGGUGCCCCAGAUCGAAGAGGGAGAUGUGAGCGACCUCAUCAGGGACCGCAUCCGCGAGGACGAAGAACGCAUGGAAGACAAGGUUUUCAGAAUAUGGAGUGUUCUAUCAACGUUCGAAGAGUCAUCUGCUGCAUGCAUAUCUGACAUGCUGCUUCACGUCAGUAACGCCUCGUACGUCGACGGUGUGCUGGUUGCGAAGCGUUUCAUCUGGCACGUUGAGAUUCUUUUCCAAGCUGCAGAUAGGCUAGACGCCGCUGUUUCAACGCAAAGCGAGAAAGCCAUGUCGUAUGGCCGAGAGGCCAAGCUUCUCUGCAAGAAGAUUGUGGCGUUCUUCUCCUUGCUAUCAAAAACGCAGGACAAUGGAUCGCGGCAGCUGGGUGUAACCCAGGAGCUCCUGUCCCUCGUCACCGGUUUGGCCCACUAUCUCAAGCUGCUCAUCCGCAUUUGCCUCCAGGGAGCGCUACGCUUGGAGCGAGACGCGAGCUCCAGCGAUGGCCUUCACCAGUUUCUGGAUAAUUUGAACGACUUUGAGAGCUACAAGGGCGACGAGGGUCUUCUGCAAGUUACCAUGGGCGGCAAGCGGCUUUCGGCCAAGGACUCGGAUCACUGCGCGCAGUGUGGCAGGUCGGUGGAGGAUGAGUGUGCCAAGACUGGCGAUAUGAGAUGGCAUAUUGGAUGUGUCAACUGUUCUCGCUGCCAACGGGAGCUUGGUCGUGCCCUGGAAGAAGCUCACUUCAACGCACUGGAACGCAAGAUUUACUGCGUCACAUGCAUUGGAGGCAAAACCGACGGCCUCGCGCCCUUUACCCACAUUUCCAAACUUCAACAAUACGUCUUCCUUCUCAAAGUCGCACUGGCAAGACUGCUGGAUAUUUUGAGAAGCAAUGGCGCCCUAACCUCUGGAGAUAUUGGUGCAGAUGGCAACUUUGAUCCCUCUCGUCAAAACGCAGGUGCCAGGCCGAGGCAGCCAGGCGAUGCAAACGAUAAAAGUCGCCGCCGCGAGUCAACUUACGAAACAACCCUCAAUGAAGUUCGAAGACUACGCAGCACACGUCUCGACCGACACUUGUCAUCUAGCGUUAGACAAGCUCGGACAUCUCGUGUUAUGGAUGCUGAUGGACGAGGUCCCCGUCCUGCAUCUUCCGGGGGAGAGGAUAAGACUCAAGGAUCGACUGACCAGAUGUUUGGGCAAAACGACGCCAUCACAUUGGACGAUAUUUCUCGCAUCGUGGCCGUUGAGCAGUCUCGCGAACAACAACAGCGCCGUGACCGACUACCACCCAGUGAUGUCCUGCGAUCUGGCGCCCCUGACCAAGGCCUCGGCUUAGGCCACUCAAGGACGCAGUCGGUUGGGCCGGAUCUACAGGCAGCUGACCCUAUGAUGUCUCGAGUUGGCAGGAAAUUCUUCCCCGAACUGUCAGGCCUCGAAUACUUUAACGUCAGACAUCUUGCCGUCCUGAUUAUGCAUCCUGUGGUCGAGUCAGAAUUCACAUUAGAGGAACUGUUGAGUUUCAUUGAAUCCAGAAAACCGGCCACAUUCUGGAAGAAUCUGGGCAAAGCCUUCAAGAAUGACAAAAGCAAAGGCGUCAAGAAGAAGGGUGUCUUUGGUGUGCCCUUGGAGAUUAUCAUUGAGCGGGAUGGUGCCGACUCAACGGACGGCGUGGGACCUGGCACUCUGCGCAUCCCCGCAGUCGUUGAUGACAUUAUCUCGUCUAUGCGCAAGAUGGAUCUCUCCGUUGAAGGCGUGUUCCGUAAGAAUGGCAAUAUCAAGAAGCAACAAGCAAUGGUUGAUAAGAUCAAUGCGGAAGGCUGCGAUACCGUCAAUUUUAUGGAGCAGCCAGUAAUCCAGCUGGCAGCAGUACUGAAGAGAUACCUGCGAGACCUUCCAGACCCUCUCAUGACUAACAAGCUUUACAAGCUUUGGAUCACCGUUGCCAAGAUACAAGACCCGGCUCGAAAGCUACAGUGUCUGCACAUGGCUAUGUGUCUCCUUCCCAAGAGUCACCGUGACUGUUUGGAAAUUCUUCUCACAUUCCUCAAAUGGGCGGGCACUUUCCACCAACUGGAUGAAGAGGUUGGGUCCAAGAUGGACGUAAGAAAUCUGGCAACCGUUAUUGCACCCAAUAUUUUGAUGAACCCUGCCAAAACACUUGCCAUGGAUAGCGAGACUAUCUAUGUGAUUGACGCAGUGGAGAUUCUUAUUGACAAUAUUGAAGAGAUGUGCCAGGUUCCGGACGAGAUUCUUACGCUGCUCAACGACCCCUAUCUUUUCAGCAACAAUGGCGAAAUCUCAACCAAAGAGAUCAUGAAACGCUACCAAGAUAUCAGAGGACAAGCUCCUGCCGAGCCGAGCGAGGUCUACAAUCGGCAAGAGAGCUCGACCCGUUCGCCACCGAAGCGAGGCGAAACGGAUCCGUCCGUCUGGCAGGGCGAGAGAUCAGUCCGGCCGAUGCAGGACAACCCUCCUCCACCAAAUUCCACUACGCCGGUGCCACCGCCGCGGUUCAGGCCCCCAGAAGACCAGCCCUCUCCCUAUGAUGCCAAUCAAAUUGAUCAUCCCAAUCCCCAUGGGGAGAACCCUGAUCACAGUCAGCGGACAGAGUGGCGGAAUUCUGGCGUUUGGGGCCGCCAAGGCGGUGGGGUAGGUGUUGGCGAGCCUUUUUGA